UGCUGGGUGCCCUUCGGCUCGCAGGAGAGCUUCGAGAGCCACUGCUCCUCCGUUGAGCACGCGCAGAUGCUCUCGGCCGACACCUCUGUCCAGUGGGCGUACCGCGCACCGCCUCUCGGGGUGACCAAGUUCUCGCUGUGCAGAAGAGCGGACGUGUGCGAAAUGGGGAGCAGCUGCACCAAGGCUCAUUCCGCCGAGGAGCUGCAGGAGUGGAUCCAGAGGGUGAAGGUUGCCAUGAAGAAAAAGAAGCAAGCGCUGAAGGAAGGGCUCUUGUCCUACCAGGACCGGCUCAUGGCCGAGUAUGGGACGUGCUCCAACGAGGUGUUGAUUGUGAGUCAUGGGCGGCAGGGUGGGAGCGCGUUGGCCCGGCACGUUGCCAGAAGCCUCUUGUGUGGGAGCUUGGGAAUGGAGCCCACCGCUCACCUUUCCAACGGUGAUGCCCAGGGGGAUGUUGCAUCCCUUUUCAUCGCCCCUUUCAAGAUAGCAACCCAGGAGCCUGCGCAGGGUACCCGGCCACGCUGCUCUGCCGUGGGUCCUUUCGUUCCCCGAGGCUGCUGCGUGGGGACGCCGAGCAGCAGCGGGCAAGGACUGAGCAUGGGGAUUUACUGACGUCCCCUCUUGGGAGGACUUAGCGUAAAGGUGGGGGGGGAGAUGGCCCCGCAGAGGGCUCUGCAGAGGGACCUG